GCUGCCUGGGAGCCCCUAGUAGCAUCCCUCCUCCUAGGGUGGCAAGGCAUCCAGUUCCCGUUUCGCCAUGGCCAAGUUCCUUUUGCUUGCAUGUCUUGGCGCGGCCGCAAGCCUCGACCAGUGUGUCUCAUCAAACGAAGAAUGCCAAGCCUUGGGAGUCGGAUGCACGUCGAGCAUUUGCAUUGGCGGCUCGUGCGAUUGUACCAACAACGGCGUUGAUUGCUGUUCGAGUGUCAGCACAAGCAGCGGGACAAGUGGAGGCACCGUGCAAUGCAGCACAGUCACCAGCUAUAGCCUUUGUGAAGAAGUCUGCGGCACUGGAGGUACCGUGACUCAGUGGCAAGCCACGAACAAUGUCUACGAAUGCACCAGGGAUGGAGUUUCAUGCUGCCAAGCAGACGAAGCGGAUGCAGCUUUGCCUUGGAAGAUCCCAAUCGCGAUCAUGGUGGCGCCACUCAUGGCAGCAUAAUUCGUGAGGUUUGAUGUCAGGGGUCCCUGUAUUUCCCUUCAAACAGGGAGCCCUUUGCGUGGUUUUCAUGUUUCGGAUGCUCUCAUCUGCUUUCUGAUCGAAUGCCCCCUUUGUUUAGACAUCAAUUUGGCUCGUUCGUACAUCGACUUGCCGAAUUUGGCUUCGAUCCUUCUGCGGAAAAAUGAGACAAAGCAGAGUCUUGAUAGCUCUUAAUGGAGCUCCAGGUCGCGUUUCAAGGCUAGGACGCUACUAGGGGCUCCCGGAGCAAGGACGCUACUAGGAGCAAAGGGCAUCGCUACUAGGAGCAAGGACGCUACUAGGCCUUUUAACUCACUGGGGCCAGGCUGCAAACAAGGCUCUUCAGGGCUUCCUUGCCUUGACAGUCUUGAACUCUUCGUGUUGAUGUUGCUAUGACUAAGAGAAACAUCCAGAUUCAAUCAUACAAGGAAACACCUUCCUCACUGACCCCACUGAGAACGCAGUAUCUCUGAAAGAUGAAAAAGAAGCAAGCUCGUGCAAGACACACGGUGGGUGGGUGAGGGCUAGAAACGUGUUUUGCACGCCUGGUCGUAGUCCUGAUGGAUUGGGGGGGGCUACUAGGAGCAAAGGGCAUCGCUACUA